AUGGUAUUUCUACCAAAUAAUUCAAGGCUUCUCCUCGUGCUAUUCGCCCUGGGAGCUGCCGCAUGUAUAUACCUCAGGCGGUUCUUCACCCACCGCCAGAUUGCCCGCGCCCACGGCUGCAAAACAGUGGCGAACGCAUGUAACAAGGAUCCAUUUCUGGGGCUCGAUACUAUACGCUGGACUGCCCGCGCCUAUAGGGAACACAAAUUGUUAGAAAGGACCGCCGAGCUCUUCCGGAUCCACGGCAACACAUUCACAAAAAAGGUGCUACAUACAUCUGCAAUCGUGACCGUGGAACCAGAAAACAUCAAGACGAUCCUAUCACUCAAAUUCAAUGAUUACGGAAUUGGUUUUCGACUUGAACCGUUCAAGGCACUUUUAGGGAAAGGCAUCUUCGACACUGACGGCGAUCACUGGGCCGCAUCGCGCGCCCUGGUCCGACCUAGUUUUACGCGUGACCAGAUAGCUGACUUGACCUCGCUGGAGAAUUUGAUCCAGGAUCUCUUUAAACUACUUCCUCGCGAUGGAAAGACAAUCGUCGACUUGCAGGAGCUCUUUUUCCGAUACACCAUUGAUUCCGCGACCGAGUUUCUGUUCGGAGAAUCGGUUGGCACUCUGAAAAAGGCUCAGUUGGAACGUGAAUUUGCUCAGGCAUUCCAGUAUGCUCAGAAUGCAAUCAUAACACGAGCCACGCUGGGUCCAUUGAAAAUCUUUCAUAGUGAUCCAAAAGCCGACGAGGCCAAUCGUACCUGCCGGGAAUUUGUCCAGCGGUUCGUUGAUGAGGCGUUCCGCGCUGUUGAGACCAAAAAAGACACCGAAGAAGGUGAAGCGAGUUCACUACAACACAAACAUGUCUUCGCACAUGAAUUGGCCUCACGGACAUCUGAUAGAACUCGUGUUCUGGAUGAGCUGAUGAAUCUCCUCAUAGCGGGUCGCGAUACUACUGCUAGUCUACUCAGCAAUUUGUUCUUCAUGCUUGCUAAGAAUCCAGCAAUAUGGGAGAAAUUGCGACUGGAAGUUGCUUUUCUACAGGGUCGGGCGCCAAGUUACGAGGAGCUUCGCAGCCUCAAAUACUUACAUUGCUGUAUGAAUGAAUCAUUACGUUUACACCCAGUUGUGCCACGUAAUGAAAGAGAGGCAGUACGAGACACCAUACUACCACUCGGAGGAGGUAAAGAUGGUCUCUCGCCGGUCUUCGUGCCCAAAGGAACGAUAGUUGGAUACUGCAUAUACGCAAUGCAUCGACGGCAAGACAUAUACGGAGACGAUGCGGAAGAAUUCUGUCCAGAACGCUGGGAGGGUGGAAAACUGCAACCUCGCUGGGGCUAUCUGCCUUUUAAUGGUGGCCCGCGAAUCUGUAUAGGCCAGCGUUACGCUUUGACCGAGGCCGCCUACGUCAUUGCUCGAAUGGCACAGGAGUUUAAGGUGUUGGUAAGUAGGGAUACAGGAGUAUGGGAGGAAUCUGUGGCCUUGACUUUGUGCUCCAGGAACGGAGUAAAGGUAUCCCUUACACCUGCUUGA